CCGAGCGCGGGGAGGGAGGGGAGAGCGGGUCACGACGCUGCGGGGGCGGGGAUAACCCCUCACGUGGAGCAGAUGAAAGGGCCGCGGCGCGACGGCCGGGGGAGCGGAGCGGAGCCUGCGACCCACAAAGCCGCCGCCGCCGCCGCCGCCGCCGCGAUGGUGCUGUGAGGCGACCGCCGGCGCUCGGUCCUCCGCCGGCCCGCGACUAUGCCCGGCCGCGCCCGCCCUCCGCGCCCUCCCGCCGCCGGACCAUGAGGCCACGCUCGGGCGGGCGCCCAGGGGCCCCGGGCCGCCGCCGCCGCCGCCUCCGCCGCGGCCCCCGCGGUCGUCGCCUGCCGCCGCCGCCGCCGCUGCCGCUGCUUCUCGGGCUGCUGCUGGCGGCCGCGGGGCCCGGCGCGGCGCGGGCCAAGGAGACGGCGUUCGUGGAGGUGGUGCUGUUCGAGUCGAGCCCGAGCGGCGACUACACCACCCACACCACCGGCCUCACGGGCCGCUUCUCGCGGGCCGGGGCCAUGCUCAGCGCCGAGGGCGAGAUCGUGCAGAUGCACCCACUAGGCCUAUGUAAUAACAAUGAUGAAGAGGACUUGUAUGAAUAUGGCUGGGUAGGAGUGGUGAAGCUCGAACAGCCAGAAUUGGACCCCAAACCAUGUCUCACUGUCCUGGGCAAGGCCAAGAGAGCAGUUCAGCGGGGAGCUACUGCAGUUAUCUUUGAUGUAUCUGAAAACCCAGAAGCCAUCGACCAGCUAAACCAAGGCUCAGAAGACCCUCUUAAGAGGCCAGUGGUGUAUGUGAAGGGUGCAGAUGCUAUCAAGCUGAUGAACAUUGUCAACAAGCAGAAAGUAGCUCGAGCAAGGAUCCAGCACCUCCCUCCUCGACAACCCACCGAGUACUUUGACAUGGGGAUUUUCCUGGCAUUCUUCGUCGUGGUCUCCUUGGUCUGCCUCAUUCUCCUUGUCAAAAUCAAGCUGAAGCAACGUCGUAGUCAGAAUUCCAUGAACAGACUGGCCGUGCAGGCUCUGGAGAAGAUGGAAACCAGAAAGUUCAACUCCAAGAACAAGGGGCGCCGGGAAGGAAGCUGUGGGGCCCUGGAUACACUUAGCAGUGGCUCCACAUCCGACUGUGCCAUCUGUCUGGAGAAGUACAUUGAUGGAGAGGAGCUUCGGGUCAUCCCUUGUACCCAUCGGUUCCACAGGAAGUGUGUAGAUCCAUGGCUACUGCAGCACCAUACCUGCCCUCACUGUCGGCACAACAUCAUAGAACAAAAGGGAAAUCCAGGUGCUGUUUGUGUGGAGACAAGCAACCUUACACGUGGUCGGCAGCCAAGAGUGACCCUACCAGUACAUUACCCAGGCCGUGUGCAUAGGACCAACGCCAUCCCAGCAUACCCUACCAGGACAAGUAUGGACUCCCAUGGCAACCCUGUCACACUGCUAACCAUGGACCGGCAUGGGGAGCAGAACCUCUAUUCUCCACAAACACCCACCUACAUCCGUGGCUACCCACCCCUGCACCUGGACCACACUCUGGCCCCUCAUCGCUGUGGCCUGGAACACCGGGCCUACUCACCAGCUCAUCCCUUCCGCAGGCCUAAGUUCAGCAGCCGCAGCUUCUCCAAGGCAGCUUGCUUCUCCCAGUAUGAGACCAUGUACCAACACUACUACUUCCAGGGUCUCAGCUACCCAGAGCAGGAGGGCCAGCCAGUACCCAGUGUCACACCCAGGGGCCAAUCCCGUGCCUUCCCACCAAGUGGUGGCAGCAGCCUGCUCUUCCCCACAGUGGUGCAUAUGGCCUCUCCGGCCCAUGUGGAGAGCGGCAGCACAUCUAGCUUCAGUUGCUACCACGGGCACCGUUCUGUGUGUAGUGGCUACCUGGCUGACUGUCCUGGCAGUGAUAGCAGCAGCAACAGCUCUGGCCAGUGCCGCUGCUCUUCCAGUGACUCCGUGGUAGACUGCACAGAAGUCAGCAACCAAGGUGUAUACGGGAGCUGUUCCACCUUCCGAAGCUCCCUCAGCAGCGACUAUGACCCCUUCAUCUACCGCAGCCGGGGGCCUGCUGUGCACCUUGAGGGCUCCCCUCCACCAGAGGAGCUCCCAGCAGCACACAAUCAAGGUGCUGGGCGGGGUGAGCCAUGGCUAAGCCCUGCCUCUCCCUCAGGGGACCAGCUGUCCACCUGCAGCCUGGAGAUGAACUACAGCAGCAACUCCUCGCUGGAACCCAGAGGGCCCAACAGCUCUACCUCAGAAGUGGGGCUCGAGGUUUCUCCUGGGGCCGCCCUGGACCUCAGGAGGACCUGGAAAGGGGGCCCAGAGGGACCAUCAUGUGCUUGCUGCUUCGAGCCCCAGCCCUCCACCCUGGGCUCUGGGAUAGGAACAACUGCAGGUGGCAGCAGCUUAUUCCUGGGUCCCCGGUUCCUUGAGGACUGCAACCCUCCAAGUGGGGAGCCCCAACUAGGGAACUCCCAGGGCCUGUAUGGCCUUCACUCAGACCAUUAUCCUAGAACAGAUGGGGUGAAAUAUGAGGGUCUGCCCUGCUGCUUCUAUGAAGAGAAGCAGGUGGCCCACAAUGCUGGCAGGGGCAAUGGCUGCUACACUGAGGACUAUUCAGUGAGUGUGCAGUACACACUCACCGAGGAACCCCCACCCAGCUGUUGUGCAGGGCCCCGGGACCUGAGCCAGCGCAUCCCCAUUAUUCCAGAGGAUGUAGACUGUGACUUGGGCUUGCCCCAAGACUGCCAAGGGAUGCACAGCCACAGCCCCUGGGGUGGGGCACUGGGCUUGGAUGUUCCCCGACUCCACUGGAGUCUGGGGACAACCCGGGAAGAGGAACGGGCUCCAUGUUACCAAGCUGAGGUGCAGCCUGGCUGCUCUCCAGAGGAGGCAGAUGCUUCCAGGGCUAGCCUCUCAGGUGCCCCCCAGGACACUCAGGAGUCCCAUGCCCUGGCUGCUGAGGCUUCAGGACCAGGAUCUGGCCCAGGCAUCGGUACGGGAGCUUGAGCUCAGAAGGAACUCUUAUGUAGAAAUCGUGAAUUGUACGGAGACUUCAAAGUCUGGCUUCCUUCAAAACUACUAUAUAUAUAUAUACACACACACACACACACACACAUAUAUAUAUAUAUAUAUAUAUAUAUUUUAGCUUUGACAAACACAAAAGUGGUAAUAAAGAGAGCCCUCCUCAACCCAAAAUGUGAGCCACCCUGUGGCAUCCCUUCCCCAUUAACAAACCAACAGACAAAAUCUCUUGAGUCCUUUGCCUCUUUAAUAAUGUGUUGUUCUGUUUUGUAAUGUGUGCUUGGGUUUCUGAGGUGUGUGGGAUUGAGUUCUCUGCUUUUUUUCUAAGAUAUUAUAUGUAAAUGUAAAAAGUUAUUUAAAUAUAUAUUUUAAAGAACCCUAACUACCAACUUCUGUUGAAAAAAAAAAAUCACUGCUGCAUUAAAUGAACCACAUCAUGUGUCGAUACUGUCGUCUCCCUGGAGGGACCUCAGGCCUUUGAAAAGCUCAGGGUUACACCUGCCUUAUUGAAAAUGAACCAGAAACUUGAAGUAAAAAGCUAGUUGAUAUGGGUACAAACUCCAAUACACAGCUGCCUUUUUCCCUUUUUUGAGGCAAAUCUGGACUUGAGGGCUUCUGGGAAGCCGCACCUCUCCUGCCCACACCUGCAGGCAGCAAUGGAACAGGAAGGAAGUCGGGGCAGUGUCAAACUAUUAUUGCAUAGGCCCAGCUUACUGGAGACAUUUCUGCCCGUUCUCUUCUGUUCCUUUUGGUUCAUCAUCCCAAAUAAGAACAGAGAUGGAGGUCUUUAUCCCAGCAGAGGCUGUGACUAUGACCAGCCCUGUUACUAGGGGCUCUCCUGCACUCUGACCACUGGGCAAGGGAAGAGACACUCUCACCCUGUCUAGCCUUCGAGUCUUUUGUAAAAUCAUUUUGGGCUUCAUGCCAUCAAUUGCAGGGGUGAUUUAAAUGGGGUGUACAAGGGUGGACACCCAGGAGGAAUGUUGCUUUGUGGCCUUGGUGUCCUGUGGGACUAGAGGAACAAGCUCUCCUCUCAAUAGCAGUGCACCACCCCUAGAAAGGUAUGCUGGGGCACAGUUGUACCCAUGGGUCUGGGGCAGCCACAUCCCUCAGUUGUUGUCCCCUUAGGUUGCCUUCCCGGGAGACACAUGCUUGAACCACAGGAGUAUACUAAGCUCCAAUUGAACUAGUCUCCCAUCUCCAGAGACAGGCCUCUGCCUGGUGGCUGCAGUGGCUCACCCUGCCAGCAGAUGUCUGCUAGCCUGUCUGCCUGAUGCACUAUUAUGUACUGAUUCUCCACGAGACAGACUAUCAGAUAGUUCAGACCCAAAGGGUAGGCUUUUGUAUAUUUUUUCCAGCCUCUUUUUUUUAAGGGGGAGAGUUUUUAAACCCAAACCACUUUUGGUUGUUUUUGUUGUUAUUAUUUUUUUAAGAUGUUUUGUUUAUUUUUAAAAGGGAGAGAGAAUCUAUUUAAAAAUCACUUCAGGGAUUGUAAUCCUUUUUAUUCAAAAUAGUCCUUGUUCUUAAAAGUAUUUUCUUUUCCUUAGAGGAAACUAAUCGGCUUGGCCUGUGUUCGCUAAUUUCUGGUCACUUUUAGUCAUUCAUUUAGCAGAUGUCUUUUGCCAUCGGGAAGAGUUUGGCCCAGUGGGUCUAAAAGCUCAGUUACAGAAUGGGGACCACCUGGGCUGCCAAAGACAGAAAUGACCCUUCUUCCCAGUUAGGCUCCCAGGAAGUUGUCCCAGGGUCCAGACUGCACAUUUUGAGAUGAAUACUUUAUUCUUUAAAACUCCAUCCUAGAAUGAGGACAUUUACUUAUUUCUAUCCAGAAUCUAACAAAAGAAGUCCCACAUCAGGUGAUCCAGUUAUUUGCCCUUUAGGAAGUAGCCAUGGUGAAAUUUGUUCUUCUGCCCAACUCUGGGGUUUUGUCUCUUGAGGCUCCUCCCCUGGGCUAUGCCCAGUGCACCUGUUGCUGAGGGUGUGAGAAGGGCCUAAACUGUUGACAUGUGAUCGGGGCUGCCUUUAUUUCUGGGGCCAGGAGUAGCAGCUGCUAAGAACAGCAGCUUGCCUUACUGUGCAGGGGCAAUGGGGGUUACAGCUUUUAACAUGAACUGCAAAGCACAGCUUCUCAUUGUUGAGAUGUUUGUUGUUUCUGGUUUUGCUUUUUUUGUCUUUAGUGUCUGUAUGUGCAUAUUUCUCCAUUGGUUGAAACAGACCCCAAAAAGACUUUGCCUUUGUCUUGCCUGGCUAGAAAACCACUUCUCAAUACUCAUAGAUGAGUAGAGAAUUUGAAUGCCACUAGACAGAGUCAAAUAAACAAGUCCAACUCUUCCUUGAAAUAAUGCUAUCGGUGGGUGACAGGCACUUGUAAUUGUUGUAGUUCUGGGCUAGUAGAAACAAAAGGAAAAUUUAGAAACAAUUAUCAUCUUCAUGUUGCCAUAUCAGACCAGAAUAAAACCUACCUUAUGUCACCAUUUAAAUCAGAAGAAAUAAUGUCUAUGAAGUUCUAAGACUCCCAGUACUGACUGCACCCUCUUUGGGAGAGGGGAAGAUGGAAGAGGAAUGUCAGUGGUGGGAAUUGUAUAGCCAUGGACAAGGAGCACCUCACUAUCCCCGAGAGCCUCUAUAGCAUCUGCCUCUGUGAUAGCAAGUGUGGGCUUGAUACCAGCCCUGGGUGUAAAACAGCCAUGUCAACCCAAAAUCUAGAAUCAAUCACAUGAAAAUGGAAGUUAGUCAUUCUGUACCGUGAGGUGUCUCCGUGGUCGCAGCUCUAGAAGCUGAGCGUCAUCCCCUCUCCUCCAGGCCCAGACUAUUUUAUUAGGUUCUAUCUUUAGUCCUGUGGUUCAGUCCCUUCCCUACGUGCUUCUGGUCUCAAAGUUCACACAGGACUAAUGCUUUUAAAAUGUGGUCUGUAAAAGAAUUUGAAAGUAUCAUCUUUUAAACUGAUCUGCAUUUUUUAUUCCUUUUUGUAUCGUGUUGGUCUAACGACGCUAUUUUAAUUUUUUUAUUUCUCCCAUAGCACUUAAUAUUUUAUAAAGAUUUUUUGUAAUAAAAUAAAUGGUCUAAGGGCUCUUUUUCAACAUUACCAUUUUAAAAACUGUUUUAAAAGCUAGAAAACAACUUAUGUAUAUUCUGUAUAUGUAUAGCAGCACAUUUCAUUUAUGGAAAUAUGUUCUCAGAAUAUUUAUUUACUAAUAUAUUUAUCUAAGCCAUGUCUUAUGUUGAGAGUGUGACAUUGUUAAAAUAAUCAUUGAAAAUGACUAACAAGGCCCUGUAAAUAUAUGAUAAUUGCACACAGAUUUUACAUAUUUGCAGACCAAAAAUGAUUUGAAGCAAGUUGUAGUCUUCUAUGGUUUUGUAACAAAUUGUACAAAUGACUGUUAAAAAAAAUACAAUUUUAUCAAGUA